GUCAAUGAGUUGUGUGGUGACGUCAAAGAGUGGAGUCCUUGUCUUCAUGCAGCGCAGAUGGAACUAAUAACAUGCACAUGGACACAAGGACGUCCAUGCAAGCACCAGUUCCUUGUCGUGAAAAAUUAUGGUCUCUCCUCCUGGAAUUUCAUCCCAGUUCAUGACUCAUCAAUGAGAAGAUUGAUAUAUCAGGUGGCAACUCGCAGCAGUAUACCCCCAACUGAAGAAUGGUUUCAAUCACUGCGCAGACCAUUGGUUGAAGUCCUGCCUCAGGUCAACAACACCAUUGAAGAAGCUGUUGAAGUCGACCAGAGUGCUCAAGUGGACAUCGUGGAGGAAAUGGUUCCAGUCAGACUGGACCAUGGUGAUGAUGCCAUGGAAUCUGAGGGUCAACCACCUGCAGAUAUGGAACACAAAGGUUUUGACUCAUCCUCAAUGGCAUCUCUUACUCUGCAGCGUACACUUCAGAACAGGUUUGACAUGAGAGGCCUCAAUAGACCACAUCCGUCUACUACAAACUCGGAUCAAGGCCUGCCAGCAGGAAGCACAUUGUUGAAUGACCUGAAGGGUGUGUUCUCUGACUUUGAAGAACGCUUCAGAGCAAACCCAGAGUACUUUGAAAAACCAUUGAGAACCUUUGUAAGACAAGCUGAAUCGUUAACCACCAACUCGGCUCUUGUGUCAGCUCUUGUUUGCUUUGGCAAGUAUUCAGGUGCUGGCACUGCCAUGGGCAAACGUAAGGUGAAGGGCAUGGUAAGUUGCAAAACUAUUGGUGUCCAACCCACCGCCUUGCGAGAAGGAAAGUUAUGGGUGGCACUAAACACCGCCUAGGGAGUGGUAGGCCCUGUAAACUUGAUGGUAAAGAAAAUGUGAAGCCUAAAAAAAGGAAACAGGUUGUCGCGCCGCUGUCUUCCCAAGUGCUUCCUAGGCGCAAAGCUCCGCAUAAUUUAGUCAGGUGUGUUCAAAAUAAUGAAGCACUGGGGAAGACCCAUUCAGCUAAGCUGUAAUUCUGCUAGUAAUUCUGCUACAGGUUUUCUGCGUCUUCAUCUGUUAAUGGCAGUAUGAGUACCUUGUUCACAAAUGGGUUUACUUUGUAUUUUUGUAACAAUUCUGGUUUUAUUUUACAUGUAACCUAUCUCGGGGCUGCUCAGGAUAACAGCAAAUACAAUGGCAGUCUGUUAAGUAAUAAAAAUUACAAUUGAUUACCAAUUAGUCAGUGUUAUGUUUGAUUCACACAUUUG